GCGUGGCCGCCGUGGCUACAAAAAGCCGCUGCUAGCUAGCUCUCGCUCAGCUCAACAUUACAUCCGCGCGCUCCUUGUGUUUUCCGUUAUACCCAGGACUAGACCUUUCAUCGAGCAGCUGGUGUGCCGCCCGCUGCUAGCUCGUCGGCUCUGCUCUGAUUCACCACCACCACCGCCGCGGCGCGCGGCGACUAUCCGAUCUCCGCUGCUCGUCUGGCUUCUUCUAGAUAGCAAUAUAUAUAGGGUUCAAUUCCUACCCCAAGCAUUUUAAAGCCAUGAAGAUUGAUCGCGAUUUCCACAUGAUGAAAGGGGAUGACGAGUUCAGCUAUGCCGAGAAUUCUAGGAUACAAAGAAGAGCUAUUCUUACAACCAGGCCAAUGGUCGAGAAAGCUGUAAGAGAAAUGGGCAGUGAUCUUCAUCCUCAAUCAAUGACCAUUGUUGAUCUAGGUUGCUCAUUCGGUGCCAAUACACUCCUCUUUGUCUCCGAUGUGAUCACCACAAUAUGUGAAAAUGGUAACAAUGCUAUCGAGGAGAGCGCCAUGGAGAUCUAGUUCUUCCUCAAUGACCUACCUAGCAACGACUUCAACCACAUAUUCCAAUCACUAGAGUAGUUUGAGCUGUUGACAAAACAACAUUUUACCUGCAGAGGGUUACAACCUCCUCCGUAUUAUGUUGCAGCUAUGGCAGGUUCCUUCUACACGAGGCUCUUCCCAAGCAACAGCGUCCAUUUCUUCCAUUCCUCCAUGAGUGUCAUGUGGCUCUCUCAGGUCCCUGAAAAUCUCGAUGGCAGCAUGAACAAAGGGAAUGUUUACAUUGGGGCAACUACACCGCCAAUGGUGACAAAGCUCUACCAAAAUCAGUUUGAGAAGGACUUUUUGCAAUUCCUCCGGAUGCGAUGCAAAGAGAUCGUGCCCAGAGGCCGGAUGGUGCUAACUCUUGUUGGGAGGAGGAGCAAAGAUGUGUUCGAUGCAGGAAGGACGACCAUUGGUUUUGAGUUGCUUUCGCAGGUGUUGCGCACUCUUGUUGCUGAGGGUCGCGUUGAGAAGGAGAAGCUAGACUCCUUCAACAUACCAAUUUAUUGUGCUUCAGUUGAUGAACUAAAGCAGUUGGUGUGUCAUAACGACCUAAUUGACAUAAGUGACAUCCAACUCUUUGAGAUGGAUGGAAACUGCAUGGAUGACCCGGAGCCAGUAGAGGGCCCUGCUGCUGCUCAGGCCAUUGGACAGAGCACAUCUGCGACCUAAUUAAGGGCGGCGACAGAGUCCCUUAUCGCAAGCCAUUUCGGGGAUUCUAUACUCGAUGAGCUCUUCACACUUUUCACGCGUUAUUUUACUAGCUAUAUUGAGAGUGAGGUUGAGAAGAGCACCAUCACAAUAAUCACACUGUACUUGCAGGUAAAACAUUAGUGUCAUCCCAGGUACUCUCCCUACGGUUGUUUCUACAUUUAAAGACCAUAAAUUUUAAACAAGGGAUUUGUUAGAGUAAAUUGAAGUAACGUGUAGUCUAAUAUAACAACUCAACAAGCAGACUAGCUUUUAAGUAUUAGUUGUUGUCAUGUGUGUCAAUUGGGGAUAUCAGUAUGCCAACUCGUGAUCGAACUGGUUUGGCUAUCUACAAUAUGCCAAGGGCUUCCCUCACCCGGUGGUUUGCCCUAUUUAUGAUCAAGUUGAGGAGUUUAUAAAACAUAUCAUGAUCAAUUGUGUUUUCAGCUGGCAAGUUUGGUCCUUAAUUUUACAAAGGCUGGGUUCUCCUCCACAUUACCGUACAAUGACACACUCAAAUUCUCUAGUUUGUGGGCAGAGGUAGUAAAAGUUUGUUUCCGACAGAGUUAGCUACAAUAUGUCAGAAUCUAAAGGAUAUAUUUGUAAUGGGAGGGGAUUUUAAUAUUACUAGAUGGGCACCCUACGUGUUAUUGCGGGAGAAUUGUGUGAUAAUAUAGUAUAUAUGAGUUCUAAAAUUUUCUUUCUUACCUACUAUACGAUUUUUUUAUAUGUUUAUAUAUUUUUGUACAUUUAUCAAUUAUCCAGAGGUUAUAAAUCA